AUGUGUGACGGAAAUUCGCUUCGUUACUUAUUCCUCUCCAUUUUUGUUCUUCUGACGUUCGCUGAAAAUUCACUACUAAUGACCACCGAGAAUUUUAGUCAAACAGCAAAAAGCGCUGAAUGCGUUUUAAAAUUGUCUGCAAAAUAUUUCGUAGAGAAAAUAGCAUUAAGCGGUAGUAUAGUUGUGAUCAAUAUAAACUCUUAUGCUUCUACUACUCAGAGUUUAUUAUUGCAAACCAUUAAUAGUGGGAUGAAAUAUUCAGUGAUGGUAAAGGAUUCUACCUUUCCUCACGCUAACGCAACGCAUUUCCCCGAGAAAGCGAAGAAUUAUAUGUUAAUUUUAGAAGACAAAUCGGAAUUGACGAGAAAUAUAUUACAAGUGCAUCAGUUACCAUCGUGGAAUCCACUCGCUAAAGCCGUAGUUUAUUAUCAGCUCCGGGCAGGAGAAGUGGGUGAAAAUGUUGCGAUAGAUUUUAUAAAUGAACUACGUACUUAUAAACUUCUGAAGAGUAUUGUACUAAUACAUGAUGAUUUAGAAGAUGAAGUAAUUUCAUAUUCUUGGAGACCUUACACUGAUAAAAAUUGCGGAGACGAAUGUAAUUCUGUUUACAUACUUGAUAUAUGUCAAGAUGAAAAUUUUGUAGAAGUCGAACAACUAAGAAAUACCAUUCCCAUAGACCUAAAAGGCUGUCCUCUCAUAGUUCAUGCUAUCGUAGCGGAACCCUACGUUAUGAGUCCAUCAAGGAAGAUAUCUAAAGAAGCUGAUAUUUAUGAAUUUGAUAAGGGCGGAGAAGUAAAUUUAGUAAAAACUAUAGCAGAAUUUACUAAUAUGAGUCUUUAUAUAUUUAUGUCCGAGCAAGAAGAAAAUUGGGGCACUAUAAACAGAAAUGGUACAGCGACAGGAACGUAUGGUCUAUUAAGAAAUGACUCUAUAGAUCUAAUGAUAGGAAACAUAGAAGUGACGAGAAGGCUACGUAAAUGGUUUAGUCCUACAAAAAGCUACACUCAAGAUGAAAUGACGUGGUGCGUCCCAAGAGCAAAAGAAGCUGCGACAUGGGACAAUCUAUUGAUAAUUUUCCAAUGGCCAACGUGGGUCGCUAUGUUUUUCGGCUGCAUUAUAAUGGGUACAUUAUUUCACAUUUUCUAUUGCAAUGAAAAUUUAAAGCCCGUAUCUAUUGUUCGAUCAAUUUUGGUUACGUUUAAUAUGCUAUUGGGCUGGACCGUAUCAUUUAAACCUAAAAGCACAACGUUUCGUAUUUUAGUAUUCAGCUGGCUAUUUUUUAGUAUGAACAUGACGAUCUCGUACGAAUCUUUACUUCGCAGUUUCCUAAUGCAUCCACGAUUCGAAAAGCAGAUAAGCACUGAAUCUGAAUUAAUACGAUCCGGUAUAUCGUUCGGCGGCAGAGAGAUUUAUCGUACAUAUUUUGAGAUGAAUAACUCUACCUCGCCUCAUUUGUUUAGUAAUUAUGAGGGUACAACAUUCUCUGAGGGCGUGCGACGCACUGCGUUCGACAAGGACUUUGCAGUAGUCGCUUCUAGAAGACAAGCCGAAUACCAAGAUCAAAAUUUAGGCAAAGGUACAAGUUAUAUCUACUGUUUUCCAGAAAGUGACAAUCUAUAUAAAUAUAGCGUGGUACUUUUAGCGAGGAAAUGGUUUCCGAUACUUGAUCGGUUUAAUAGUAUUAUACGAAGUGUCAUAGAGAAUGGACUCAUAGAAAAAUGGAACAGGGAAUUAUUUAUUCAUCGACCUAGUGUAGAAAGAGUGGGGACCAUACUACCGUUGAGUAUCCAACAUCUUUUAGGUGCUUUUGCAUUUAUUCUUAUCAUGUAUGCUCUCACCAUAUUGGUAUUUGUUGGUGAAUUGGUUAUGGGAUAUAUCGAGAAAAGGAAAUUGGCUGUUAAGGCCGUUUAUCCAUUUAAAAUAUAA